AUCCACUAGUGUCGAUCGUUUUGUGGUUAGCCGAGAAUUUCUGUGGUCACUCGUCGUUCGGCAGAGCCGCCAUCGUGUAGCAUUCAUUCACACCUCAGCUCCGCUUCAAUAAAAGUCUGGGGAGGACCAAAGCAGUUUUUAGUUUCCACUGGUGGCUAAUUCCAAUACAGACACACACACAGAACUCAGCAUCAUCAGCAUUAGUAUCGACACGCUCGGGGGUGGUGAAUCAUAUCUUCCGAUGGGUUUGGGCUCGCCUCGAUCAGUCGUCGGGUAAAUCCAACAGCAGCAACAAGAUCAGGCACUGCUGUUGCUGCUGUAGCAGGGUUUGUUUGGAAUUGAAAAUUACGCAAACUAUAGUCUUAUAUAUGCGAAUUGGUUACAACGAUUUGUCAUCACUAGUCAAUCACCGCUCCGCAAGGUAGGUUGUGUUUACCUAAACGGGAAGUUUUAUGUGCACAGGUGAAAAAAAAUCAUGUUCAAAGGAUUCAUAAAGUUCAAUGGAUAUGCUGUGGCAAUCAGUUGCAUAAACUAUGCCAUCACGCGGAUACUGGAAACGAACGUCGAGGGAAGCGUGCUGCAGAAAAUUCCUUGGAUGAACAAUCUUCUAGCAACCAACUCUCGACCCGAAUCGGUUAUCUACAUCGGUUUCCUGGUGGCCUGUGUGAUCUUCCUGAUGGGAAUCUUUUGGGAAUGCAAAGUCCUCAUGAUACCGUUCAUGAUCUCCUACGUCGUGGUUCUGUACGAGGAAACCAACGGGACCUUUCUUAUGAACCACCUGUGGCAGGUUGCCUAUACAUUCUACGCGGCAGUCAGUGUGCUAUUGUUGCUAAUGCUAGGGAUCUGCAAGGGCUGUCGAGGUGAUGACGGUAAAACGGGUGACAACAAUCGCAAAAAUCAUAGAAGAAGUUGUUUGGAGUUUUGCUGCUGCUGUUUCCGCUGCUACCGGAAUCCUCAGAAGAUCAAACCGGACAUAUCGAGGCAGUGUUCCUGCGAGACACUUAACAUCAGGGUAGCAGAGCCCCACGAAAAACACUAUCAUCGGGUGAUAUUUGUGUGAUUCGAAGCUGAUAGAGACCAUGGAAAAAUGGGUCACAAAGUGACUAUUGGUGCAGAGACGACCAAAGAGAGGGUCGCCUCAGUUUGACUCCUCGAAUCGAGAAGCAACAGAAAACUUGUGAUUUUUAGACGAAAUGCGAGUUAGUUACCGUGUAGAUAGUUAGAUCGAUCCCACCUCUAGUGAAUUCAUGGAUCCCCCAUUAGGUUUAGGCGAACGACGACACGAAACGACACAAGCUAGGAUUUCAAAGAAAAACGUACUUAGGAUAGUCAUACUCAGUAAUGUAGUGAUUAGGUGAUAAGUGUUACCAAUGCAAUGACUGAUAUACAAAGAUUUAGGAGGGGGUGCAUUUAAGAGCACAACCACGGUAAACUAUUAGUAAGUUGGCGUGACUCAUCUACAAUUAGCACCGAUCAUUGGAUAACGGAACAGAGUAGGCGACAAUUUAUGAAAGUUACUUUCCCAGGUGUAGUCAACCCCGUGACUGCUGAUCGGUGACUCAUUCGGUGGGGAUCACGUUUCGAGCCCUGGAAAAGGGUGUUUUGCAGGAACUAUAAAACUAUUUAUGUCUGUUAGGUGCUUGCUGUAAGCGUGUGUACUUUAGUGAAAUAUUGCAGUGAUAUUUAAUAAACGAA